AUGUUUGUAAGGAAGCGAGAUGGACGCCAGGAGCGCGUCCAAUUCGACAAGAUCACGGCGCGUGUCUCGCGACUGUGCUAUGGUCUUGACAUGAACCAUGUCGACCCUGUCCAGAUCACGCAGAAGGUCAUCAGUGGUGUCUACGGAGGUGUCACCACCAUCCAGCUGGACGAUCUUGCCGCCGAGACUGCCGCGUACAUGACUGUUACCCACCCCGACUAUGCCAUCCUCGCUGCGCGCAUCGCAGUCUCCAACCUGCACAAGCAGACCAAGAAGCAAUGGUCCUCCGUAGUCAGCGAUCUCUACCACUAUGUCAACCCAAGAAACCGUACACCGUCGCCCAUGAUCUCCCAAGAGACAUACGACUGUGUCAUGCGUCACAAGGAGGAGUUCGACUCGGCCAUUGUAUAUGACCGCGACUUCGGCUACCAAUACUUCGGCUUCAAGACCCUCGAGCGCUCGUACCUGCUCAAGCUCGACGGUAAAGUUGUCGAGCGGCCACAGCACAUGAUCAUGCGUGUUGCUGUCGGCAUCUGGGGUGACGAUGUCGAGAGAGUCAUCGAGACCUACAACCUGAUGUCAAACAAGUUCUUCACCCAUGCCUCGCCCACAUUAUUCAAUGCUGGCACUCCCCAGCCACAGCUGUCAUCGUGCUUCCUCGUCGACAUGAAGGAGGACAGCAUUGAGGGCAUCUACGACACCCUCAAGACCUGUGCCAUGAUCUCCAAGAUGGCGGGAGGCAUCGGUCUGAACGUGCACCGCAUCCGUGCCACCGGCUCAUAUAUCGCUGGCACUAAUGGUACUUCCAACGGCAUCACUCCCAUGCUGCGGGUGUUCAACAACACGGCCCGUUAUGUCGACCAGGGUGGUAACAAGCGUCCCGGUGCCUUCGCUAUCUACCUUGAGCCAUGGCACGCUGAUGUCUUCGAGUUCCUUGACCUGCGGAAGAACCACGGCAAGGAGGAGAUCCGAGCCCGUGAUCUUUUCCUUGCUCUCUGGAUCCCCGACCUUUUCAUGAAGCGGGUCGAGAAGAACGGUGAUUGGACCCUCAUGUGCCCCAAUGAGUGCCCUGGCCUCGCCGACUGCUACGGUGAGGAGUUUGAGGCUCUAUACGAGAAGUACGAGAAGGAAGGCCGCGGUCGCAAGACCAUGAAGGCCCAGAAGCUGUGGUACGCCAUCCUCGAGGCUCAGACCGAGACUGGCAACCCCUUCAUGCUGUACAAAGAUCACGCAAACCGUAAGAGCAACCAGAAGAACCUGGGUACCAUCCGCAGCUCCAACCUUUGCACUGAGAUCAUCGAGUACUCUGCCCCAGACGAGGUCGCCGUCUGCAACCUGGCCUCCAUUGCUCUGCCAGCAUACGUCGAUUAUGACAACAACUGCUACAACUUCCAACAGUUGCAUGAGGUCACGCAGGUGGUCGUUCGCAAUCUGAACAAGAUCAUCGAUGUCAACCACUAUCCGGUCAAGGAGGCCUACAACAGCAACAUGCGACACCGACCUAUUGGCGUCGGUGUCCAGGGUCUUGCUGAUGCAUUCCUGGCUCUUCGCAUGCCUUUCGACUCCCCCGAGGCCCGUGAGCUGAACCAGCAGAUCUUCGAGACCAUCUACCAUGCUGCUCUUACCGCAUCAAGCGAUAUUGCCAAGGUGGAAGGCCCGUACAAGACAUACGAGGGCAGCCCCGUCUCACAGGGCAUCCUCCAAUUUGACAUGUGGAAUGUCAAGCCAUCUGACCUCUGGGACUGGGAGGCCCUCAAGGACAAGAUCAAGGAGACCGGUGUCCGCAACAGCUUAUUGCUGGCGCCAAUGCCGACUGCAUCCACCUCACAGAUCCUGGGCAACAACGAGUGCUUCGAGCCAUACACCUCGAACAUCUACCAGCGACGUGUGCUCGCUGGCGAGUUCCAGGUUGUCAACCCUUGGCUUCUCAGGGACCUGACAGAGCUCGGCUUGUGGUCUGAGGCCAUGAAGAACCGUAUCAUCGCCGAGGAUGGUUCCAUCCAAAACAUUCCCAGCAUCCCGGCUGAUAUCAAGGCUCUGUACAAGACCGUCUGGGAGAUCUCUCAGAGGACAAUUGUGCAGAUGGCUGCUGACCGCGGUGCCUUCAUUGACCAGUCUCAGUCACUCAACAUCCACAUGCGAGAGCCAUCCAUGGGCAAGAUCACCAGCAUGCACUUCGCCGGCUGGAAGCUCGGCCUCAAGACCGGCAUGUACUACCUCCGCACUCAGGCAGCUGCCGCACCCAUCCAGUUCACUGUCGACCAGGAGGCACUCAAGAUCCAGGAGCAGACCGGUGCUAAGCACAGCGGUCUGGGCAAGCGUGCGCCUCCAGCGGGCAUGUGGCAGCCCUCAGCUAGUAGCUUCGUGCGUCCCAUGUAUGCGAAGAAGGAGUCGGUCAGCGGCGGUAAGACUGUGAGAUCUAACGGAAUCCCCACGCCGAGCAUCACGCCGCCUCCUUCGACUCCGUCCGUCGACCAAGAGGCAGCGACACGUAUCUUGGCAUCUCCCUCUAAGCCUAGGACCGUCCCGUUCAAGGCCGAUCAAGAGGAGGGCGAGAGCCCCAAGGCUCUGCCCAUCGAGCCGGCCGAGAAGCCCGCGGAAGAGGAGCUUCUUGACGGCAAGAAGCCUGACGGCCAGUCCGAGGACAAGGACGGCGACAGCGCCGACCGGGAGCAUGACAUCUACUCGCAAGCUGUCCUGCAAUGCAGCAUUGACAACCCCGAGUCCUGCGUGAUGUGCAGUGGUUAG